AUCCCACAGUGAUCAAGGGAAGAGGCUGUCUCGCCUCUGUCUCAUCUCUAAAGGUGAUUUGUGAAGACUAAGGUGAGGUGUCUGGAGGUGAAGCCUCAGGUGAUCAUUGUGUGUCGUACCUACUCAAGUGACUUUGUAUUCUGAGUGCCACUAGUAGUGAGGGUGUCUGGCGCCACCAGAUUGCUACAGCCAGAGUGCCACUACUACAACCUGAGUGCCACCUGAGUGUCACCACUACAACCAGAGUGUUACAGCCGGAGUGCCACCACUACAACCAGAGUACCACCACUGCAACCAGAGUACCACCAGAGCGUCACCACUACAACCAGAGUGCUACACCCAAAGUGCCACCACUACAACCAGAGUGGCACCAGAGUGUCACCACUACAACCAGAGUGCUACAGCAAGAGUGCCACAACUACAGAGUGCCACCAGAGUGCCACAACACUACAUAAUGUCGCCCUACACACCAGAAGACUUCGAAAGGAGUCCACGACGCCAGUCAUACAGGUCACCCUACAUAUUAUAUGAGUUGAGUGACGACUUGAAGAGAAAAGAAUUCCUUGAUGAGCUCUUCUCUUUCAUGCAGAAGAGAGGUACGCCCAUCAACCGGUUGCCCAUCAUGGCCAAGCAGGUCCUGGACCUCUACGAACUCUACAACCUUGUGGUGGCUCGUGGUGGUCUGGUCGAUGUUAUUAACAAGAAACUCUGGCAAGAGAUUAUCAAGGGUCUGAAACUACCUUCUUCUAUCACCAGUGCCGCCUUCACUCUCAGAACACAAUAUAUGAAAUAUCUGUACCCACUAGAGUGCGAGAAGAUGAAAUUAUCAAACCCCGCCGAGCUGCAGAGUGCCAUAGAUGGGAACCGGAGGGAGGGUCGUCGUUCCUCCUACGGUACUUACGGUGAUGCCGUCCAGCCACCCCUCCUGCCCCUGCAAAACCUACAGUCCCUGCAGAACCUGCAGAGCCUACAGAAUCCACUCAGUUUAGUGCCUCGGCCGCAGAUCAACGGUAAUGGUAGCAGUCAUCCUCUAGCGCCUCAAGACUACUUGUUGGGUCGUGGUGGGUCUCCGCCAGGGUCACAAGAGGCACUGCUGGAAGCCACGAGACUCACCAUGUGGAAGCUCUACAACCAGGGUCUUGGAGGUGGAGGCUUCCCCCACGAGGACGAGGGUCCCAAGCUGCCGCCUCCUCCUCCACAUCACCCUAUGGGCGGCGGCGUGCCGUUCCCUCCACAGAAAGAAGCACUCAAUCUGGACGUUAAAGAAGAUGAAGCGCCGCUGUUUCUUGAUAACCGGGGCUAUCAAGCAUUCUGCUUGCAGCGGCCGGGGCGAGUAAAGGAGAGUGCAGAUCUUCGCAAUGAUAUGCGUAAUGACCUGCGCAACGACCUACGUAACGACAUGCGCAACGAUUUGCGUAAUGACAUACGCAGCCGCCUGGAGGAGAGUCCGGUACCACCCGCGGCUAAGCGACCAGCCCAGCAUGAGGAUGCCCACGACCCACGCCUGCCCCCGCCCACCACGCCCGCGCCCCCAGGACAACCCGGUGCCAAUAUAAAGAUCACAUCAAGGGGAGAUGGACGGAGCCAGGACCAGAGUCUGGUGGUUAGUAUGGAGAUCAAUGGCAUCUUGUAUCAAGGAGUGUUGUUCGCCCAGGCACCCAGAGCACGCUUCAGCUAAGGUGCUGCUACUGCUGCCUUCUCGUUUCCCCUCACCCCGCCAUCUUGGAGGAGUCAGCUUCACUCUAAGGGGCUGUGAGUGGUACAGGGCCGUCCCCUGUCCCUCUGAGGAGCUACUCACCCCCUAGGAGGCUGCGGGCGGUGAAGGAGCAUCACGGAACGAGUGUUCGACUGUGGAAGCUCCUGCUCUUUCUCUCUCCACCUUUAGCCAAGCUCUGUUGGCCAAGUGCCCUGACAUUUGGCUCUCGGCUGUUACCUUGUAAUAAAGUCAAUGUAGUGCUUGAAGAUGCUGAACCCUGAAUCAGGGUUAUUUGUAUUUAUUUGUGUAAUUAUCUUGUUGUGUGUGAUAGGUGUACAGUCAUGUUCCGUGUGAGAGCAAGUGGCAUAUUCUUGUUUCUAAGUUGUCCGGUCAGUGUAGCCUAAGGCAACAAAGUGGUGAUCUCAUGAAUGUAAUACUCAAGCAGUGCAGUCGUGGUGGGCACACACAUGUGGCCAUGGUAGGCCAUCAUGUGGCCAUGGCAAGCUGCUGCUGGUGCGAUCUGAGCUACGCCUCCAACACUUCGUGGCGUCCUUUACACGAAGAAACUGGAGGACUCUUGCUCCGCCCAUCACUGUGGCCUCUUCCUCGGCGGACAAAAUGGGACCGCCUCUCCACGACUUGAGCAGACGAUACCCACCCGCCCAUCCAGCCACUCAACCACCCACCUUUCCGCCAUGACCGCCCACUCGGUGCAGACAAUCAGCCGCCCACGAGGCAGCGACCUCUGCUGUCCCUCUUGUUAAGUUGUUGAUUGUUUUUGUUUGUGUUGUUUUUAGGUUGACCGCUGUUGACUAGUGAGAUUACAAGUGUUGGGACUAAGUAAAAGGUUCAAGGUUCCUAGUGUCCUGCCAUAUUGACUGAACCACAUCAGCAGAUAUCCUGCCGAGGGACUUGCCGCAUGUGGCAGGCUAUAUCUACCGGUCUGCCAUACACUUAUUUAUGCAUUAAACGUUUUGUUAAUGAAAAACAGUGUAACUAGUUCGUGAAGUGUGCAAUAUCACAUUGAUAUUAAAGAUCUCAAAAUUCUAUAAUGUUCAGCGAAUGUUCUUUGUACCUGAAUUGUUUGACAAACAAAAUUCCAGGUUUGUUGAGUUUAAUGUUACUUAGUGUGGCUACAAAGAACCUGACUUCAUAUGCUAUUUUGUUCACCUCCCAAUUAUUAUUAUAAUCAAAAAGAAGCGCUAAGCCACAAGGGCUAUACAGCAUUCCCCUCCCAAACCCUAGUUUUCAUGUCUU